AUGGGAGAACGGGCCAAGAUGGUCAUGUGGAUGUGUGGAGCAGUGCUCUCGGUGGUAACAGGUGCAUUGUACGUGUAUGAAAACACGGUAUAUCUGAACGUCUUGAACCGACUGCCCACAGAUUUCGCUGCGGUUGCUGCGCUGCAGACGGAGAAUGCCUUCUACUACUCGUAUUUCCAGGAACUCGUCGACUGUGAGUCUUUUGCAGAUGGGUUGGGCCGAAUUGUUUGGGACAGGCGGACGGAGUACCCAGACACACUGAAUGCCAUCCGUCGGUUCAACAUCUACCAGGAGAUCCUCCUGGCGCUCGAGUUUCGGUUUUUGCGGGACUUAGGGUUGGAGCUGCCUCAUCCCUUCCACUUCUUCCGGAUGCACAUCAUACUGUUAAAUGGUUUGGGCCAGGCGACACUAGGUCUCCUGGCCGUGGAGAUUUCAGGAAGCCCUCUAGCUGCAGUAGGCUGCUACUUGGCUUCUUUUCUGAACCGGUUCCAGACGAGCCGCUUGGGAAACUAUACCAGCUCGGACUUAAGAGAGCUCUGGGGUAUUCCACUCCUUUGGGUGCAGUCCUACCUGGUCUGGCGCGCGCUCCUGUCAUCCUACAGGUAUGGGAUGCUCCGAAGCCUGCGUGUGGGCUUGACGGUGGCGACGUUUGCCUUCAUCGUGUCUUGGCAAUUCAGUCCUUUCCUCCUGCUCUUGCAGGCCACCGCGCUUUAUUUUGUGUGCAUCGUUGGUGGCUACGAGAGCAUCCGGCCAACCCUUGUGGAGAUUCUAAACAUCUACAGCUUGUCGAUGGCACUGGCGGUAGGAGUACACUUCGGAAGCCCUUAUUUGCUGACGUCUCCAUUCUUUUUCCAGCUCGUCGCGCUGAAAGUGUCAACUUCCAUCUGCUGCUGCCGCUCGCGUGUCCACCGUGGCUGGCUGGCGUGGAUGGGUCGAAGGCUGGCGCACGUCGCGGAGGGCCUCAUUGCGAUCGUUGUGUUCUUGCUGGUGCGCAAGGCUUUGGCACCGUUUGCAACCGCAGACACGCAUGUGUACGAGAUACUGUGCACAAAGGUGUCAGCAAUCAAUGACAUGCUGCCGCAGCGUAUGCAGCUCUCUGCCAGUCAACUUCCAGCUUGUGCUGAGCCGAGCUUCAAUGCGAACCUAUAUCUCAUCAUGGGUGUGUUCAAACUCUUAGAGUGGUCAUCCGCCGAGAUUUACAUCAAGACAACUGCGGCUCCGGCUGCAGCUGGUGCCUUGCUACUCAUCACGCUUCGGUGUGCAUCGCACUGGGUGGGUAUGUCUGGAAAGGCCAAGAUCGAAGAUGAGCCUCCAGCAAGUGAAAAGGAAGUUGCUUCCAAGAAGAAGAAGGAGCCCAAAGCUGGCAGUGGUCGAAAUGCCUCGAAGAAUCAGGUGCCGCCAGCCUCCCCUGUGCAAGUCGAGGCCGAGGACGCUGCCUUGCUCUUCUUCGCAGUGCAGUUCCUGCUCUUCUUGCUCCUGGGAAGCUUGGUGAACCGGCUGCGUGUGGCUUUCGGACCACUCAUGAUGGUGCUCGCAGCCGCUGUGAUGGGACCACGGCUUGCGCCGGUGUUUUUGCAAAAUGCAUUUCCGAAAGGCUUGACGUCCCUGUUCUUCUUGGGAUGGCUCGCGCACAUGUUCUGGAUGGCGAGCAUGCUUCCUUGUAUCACCGAGGAGGAAGGCAUCUGCCAGCAUAUGGCAGACAAGUUCUCCAAUGAUGGGGACUUGGUAGAUCUAUACGACUGGAUAAACGACGUCGUUCCUGCCGGAACACCUGUGCUGGCCUCCAUGAACUUGGCAGGAAGCAUGAGGGCAUUCACACAUGUACCCAUGAUCAUUCACCCACAGUUUGAGUCGGAGAACCUCCGCAAACGAGUGCAGCGGGCGUAUGAGUUGUACAACUGCGGCUCGGAGGAGUCCUUUGCGAAGACCAUGGAGCAGUUGCAUGCCAAGCUUGUGAUCUUUGAGUACUCACGCUGCUUCUUCACUCCCUACAACCUGGAUGACAAGAGAAAGAAUUGCAAUUCCAAGAAGCACAAAACUGAAGACCUGAUGUGCAUGAAGCUGCAUGCGCGAUCGAGGUUCUUCAAGCUGAUGUUCAUGAACGGAAAUUAUGCCGUCUUUCAACUGAGAAAGAAUCCCCUGAAAGCAAAUCCUGCACCUCGCGCCUCAGAUGUGCAGAUCUGGCUCGAAGAGGCGGACACUUGGAAGGACUACGUCCACACCUGCGAGAAGAACCAAGGCCGCCACUGCGGGCCUAGACUUAUGGAAGCCGCGGCCCAUUUUCAUCAUGGCCUAAAGAAGCCCAAGGUGGCUGCCGAGCUGCGGAAAUGGGCCCUGAAGGUCUUUCCCGACAACGGCUACGUCAAUUUCUAUCAGGCUCGCUUCUUGGAUGUGGAUGCCAACAGGCCACAGGAGGCGAAGGCAUAUUAUGACAAGGCGCUCCGCAGCUUGCCGAACAACGUGAAAGUGCUGACAGAGGUCAUUCUCUUUUACGACUUGGCGCUCCAAGACCCCACGUUCUCGACAUCUUUCGUCGAGCGCAGGUCAAGAGCAGGCAAGGCUGGUGAGAGGCCGCUGCUGAAUCUGACUGGGCCAGGGGCCGGUCUCCUGAUGUGCGAAGCGGCGGUUCCCGCCAAAACGGGAGGCCACAAGGCAUUGAGCCAGCAGCUCUGGGCCAGAGCCAGGGAACUGGCGCCUCUGAACCAGUGCGUCAAGAACAACUGGCCAAUUAUCCAUGGUCAGGGCCAGGAAGAUAGCUCCCACAAGCUGGAGUACACACCUUGGGCACGGGUGAAGAUGACGCUUGCGGGUGGUGUCGGCCUUGAGAUCGGCCCGCACCACCAAGCAAAUGCACGGUUUCUAGGAGACGAGCCCUUCACUGUUUGGCCUCCCGCGAAUAAAACUGCCUGGUAG